UGUUUCCAAAUUUACCUCCAGCAUUCGUCGCAGGUCAGGUUGCUUAGCAGUGGGGGAAGGGAGACAUCCCAGUUUCUUGUGCGAUUAUCGAAAGGAGUUUGCGAUUGCGAGCGAUCCUGAGGUAAUUUCCUCCUCCGAUCUUAGCGUUAGUUUGUUUCUUCUCCCUCGUCGGACUUUGCUCUGGCGCUUGGUCUUGCCCUCUGUUUCUGGUUCUGUUCUUCGUGGCCCCGCCAAGCCGGCGUUCCCCGCCGGCGCGCCAGCCCCGGCCGCGGGCGGCGCGCGCCCGCUCCCGGUCUUCUCCUCCCUCCUCCUUCCGCGGCCCAACGGCACGGCCACCCCCUUCGACGCUGCCGCCGCUGACGCCUUCGCCGCCGCCAGGCCGCACAUCGCGCACCUGCAGGCCGCCCCGGCCCCCGCCUCCGCCUCCUCCGCGCCCGCGUCCGCGUCGCCGGCGCCGCCGCUGGCCUGCCCGGCCUCCGUUUCCGUGCACCGGGAGCAGCUCCCCUACGACGGCGUCCGCGUGGUGGAGCUCCCCUGCGGCCUCGCGGUGGGCUCGCACGUCACUGUCGUGGCCCGCCCCCGGCCCGCGCGGCCCGAGUACGACCCCAAGAUCGCCGUGCGCAAGGACGGGGAGGCCGCCGUCAUGGUCUCGCAGUUCAUGGUCGAGCUCGUCGGCACCAUGGCCGUCGACGGGGAGGCGCCGCCCAGGGUCCUGACUCCUUGCGCUGAGGGGGGAUUGGAUCAGAGCUGCUGGUGCAUUUUCUAGCUUGCGCCGAGGGUGAUUGGAUUAGAGCUUAUCGAGAAUCUUCCUUACGAGAUCUCCGAUUGGAUAAGUGAUUGUCUUGUAUCACCAAAGACCAAGAGCAGUAGUAGGGUUUAACAGGCAAAGGGGGAAAAUGGCAAUUGGACAGGGCGACGCAAAGAAGGGGUCUCUCGCCACGAGCUUGAGCUUCUCGAAUUGCAGGAGCAGCUCAAGGAUCCUCGGGAGGAAGAGGGUCGCCGUCUCGCCGACUCCGGGCCCAAGGAGCCCGCACUCGCCGGCGCGCACCCUGCGCAAGCAGCGCAGCGUCCGGUUCCACAUGGACGACGCCGUCAGCCUUCUCGAAUCGCUGCCUCAAGACGUCCUGAUUAAAGUCCUGUGCAAGGUGAACCACAGUGAUCUGAGGCAGCUCCUCCUCGUGUCCAAACCAGUCAGCGAAGCAACAAAUGUUGCUAGGGAGCUGCAUUUCAAGUUCGCGACGCCGUCGUCCAAGGCCGGUUUUAGAGGCGACGAGGACGGGGACGAUGAAGACGGCCCCGGGGCGCCCAGGCAACGCAGGGUUGCGAGGUCGCGCCUCCGGGGCAAGAACCUGGAGAGCAUCGCCGUCAACCUGUCGGCGUCGUUUGGAAGCUUGCUCUCCGAGGUCUAGAUGUAAAUAUGACAUCGUCACAGGCUUUCAGUUUCCACUUUCCACCUCUGCUCGCCAGUGUAUCUAAGUAGUGUCAGGUUGCAAAGUUUAGUGCUUUUUGUAGCCCACGUCAUAGAGAAACUUUUUAGGUAGCGGUAGUAUUAUAGUAUACUCAUAUGUGUAAGUUAGCUUAUGUAGAGUUAUAUAUUGUGGUCGUUCUUCAAUGCUGUGAUUGAAGAACACACGCUUUGUUUUAUCCCUUUUUCUUUUUGUGUACGUACUUUGUAAGUUAUAUGCGAGUCUGUUGAGUAUUGAUCUCCCCUCUCUUUUGUGCA